GUUCCAAUAGAUUGAGAUAUUUGUUUGAUCGAUUUUGUGCGAGAAUACCUAGUGAAGGCAUUUUCGGUUGCCACUAAACGGCUAUUACCAUGGCGAGGAAAGUGUGUUAACGAACCACCAGCUGCCACCCCACAUGGGACUCUCUUGAGAACAGCAACCCCCUUCGAUCGGAAAACCUACCACAAUUAAUGCAAAAAAAAAUACUGCACUUCCCCUCGGUUGAAGUUUAAAGUUUUCGUUUCGUUUUCGUUAUUUAAAACGCGCUGCUGACUAAUUGCCUUUAUAUAGCCCGGCUAUAUAAGCUCUACAAUAAGACACGGCCGAAACCCAAAACCCUCUUGGUUUUUUUUUAUUUCCAACUGGAGCCAAUGCUGGAAAGUGCUUCGCAACGAGUGAAGUUCAACAUUUCUGCAGCAAAAUAUAAAAAAAAGUAGAAAACGUUUGGUUUUCAAUUUAUUUUCAUCAAGUGUCGAGAAAGUCGAGAACGUUUGGUUUUUGGUUUUGGUUUUUAAUUGAACUCAAUUGCACUAGACUCGAAACGAAUUCGACCAAUAAAAAAAAGAAGUGAACUGCAUUCGAGAAGUAGAGCAAAUCCAUAACAACAUCAUCAGAAUCUCGACCGAUGCCGCUGCAUAAUUAGCAUUCGAUGGUCGAGAAGAGGAGCAGCUGAGCAGCAGAAACCCGAAGAAACAACAAGAUAAACGCCAGUAGAAUGUAUCUCAUACAGACUGUUCAGACCACUUGGCGGCCCCAGUUGCCGCUGCCCCGGGAGCUCCAGCUAGCCGAUGAUCGGAACAGCGCCGACGACAACGACUCGAAGGUGAUCGCCACCACGACCACCACAGCGGACAUCCAUCACCCGAACCACCACCACACAUCGACGCACCACCACAACAACGAGGAGGAGGAGGAGAGCAUGGACCGGCUGAGGGGAAAUCACAGCAUUGGAGGCUCCUCGCAACAGCUCUCCGGCAAACAGAAAUGGUCCUUCGGGCGGCUCUUCCGUAAGAAAAAGGAGGCGGAGAGUGCCUCGUCCAGUGAGGAGGAUCGCAAGGCGGGUUUCGUGCCUUCGCAGCGUCAGAGUUCCAGCAGCAAGCCCAAGUCCAAGCACGGAAAAGGAUCGCGGGCGUCCGGACGAUUCGAUCACAUUGUGGCGUCGCCCCAGCAGGAGCAAGCACCACCCCAUCCGCCGCACCCAGUCGACAACGAGUUCUUCCUGCCCGUAGAGGCUAUUCCGCCUGAGCCCUACUACCAGAACCAGCCUGGCUACUAUCAAAGGUCCAGCAACUCCCUGGACAGAAGGAUGUUGCUGCAACAGCCGCCCACCUACCAGGGGAAUGGCUUCCAGCAGCACAAGUCCCGGUCGGUGCAGCGAGGUCCCAAGGUGCCGGGGCACUCCAGCGAGGAGGAGCUGAUAUCCCUGAACUCCUCCACAUUCUCCAAGUACCGCAGCGAUGAGAGCAUCCAUCUGGGACCCGCCGGGCCAGGACAGAGUCGUCGCAGUAGAGCGGCGAGAAACGAGCGAUACUACAAGCGGCUGUCCCGCGACGGGGAGCAGAGUCACGGGGGGGUUCCGGCGAACGUUAAUCCGCAGCCCCGCUACAAAACCCAACCGCUCCCGCUGUCCAUCUACCAGCCGACGAACCACACCGGCGGGUAUGUCCAGUGGCAGCCACACCAGCAGCCACAGCCCCAGAAGAGCCUCCAGAACACGAUGCAGAGCGACGGCAAGCGUAGCAUCAGCUACGACAGUCACAUCCACUUGCAAAACAUGGGCGGGAGGAUGCAAAGCAAGCCCCUGCCGCCGCCACCACCUCCUCGCGAUCCACUGCGGAGGGUCCAUGUAUCUGGCUCCGGCCAAAUGGGCUCCAGCUCCGGAGACCUACGGCCCGUGUCCUACGCCUUCGACCAGGGCGGCCGCUGCGUGUCCGACGACCGGAUCUGGCAGCCACCGCACUACCAGUCGGUGCACUCGCUGAACUCCCAGCCCACCUCCUCGAUCGCCAGUGCCCCGCCAGUGAGCCAGCCGCAGCAGCCCCACCACCGAAGAUUCAUCACGCGAUCGGAGAGGAACGCCCAACCCGGAAAGCAGUCGCUUCCGAAUGGCAUUGACUUCCACUACGUGGCCGACGCGACUCCCCGCUCCCGGAAACCCAUUCACAUGAUGGACUCUGCCGGCAGGGCUGGCGGAGCAGGCACGCCGCCCUCCAGUGGCAUCCUGAGGACGUCCAAGAGUGGCCUGCCCACGCCCCAGCCUUCUUCCCAGCCCCCGCUGGCCAAGCCCCGAUCGAUUUCCAGCUCCCGGCUGAGCGAGCUUCGCACCUACCCAAUGCCCAUGUACUCCGAGGUACAGAAGCCCAAGAGGAGUGCUCCGCCGAUGGACCACUCCGACAACAUUGUGUGCGGCAGCCUGCACAUCAAGCCCAGCCAGGAUUGUGGCAGUCAGAACUACGUUGAGAUCCGCCACCGGGACGUGCAGAAGACCAACUCCAUGCCGCACCACUACCAGAACCGCCGCUCCGGAGAGGAUCUGCCCAACAAGUACGAGGAGUACGUGGCCGAGAAGCGGGAGCAGCACCAGCAGGCCCCGGCCCAAGUCUACCCGGAACGCAAGCAGAGCAACGCCAGUGUGAAUGCUCCGCCACUGUUCUUCCCACGGAAGAAGCCCGCCAACCUGGAGGAGGCCAUCAACGAACUGGAGGCCAUCUACAAGUCUUUGGGUCUCUCGGAGCCGCCCGAACCGAAACCAGAGCCAAAGGUGGAGGCCGUUCCCAAGAUCCGAGUGCCCACGCCCAGUGAGUUCGAGAAGUUCGCACUGGCCCAUGCGGAUGACUACGAUGAGGAGGACUCCCCCACUGGAGAGCCCGAUCCCGUCCGCGACGAUGUGGCCUUCAGGAACCUGCAGCUGGCCAACCUCCAGCACCGCUCCUCGGAACGGCAGCCGCCUUUUGGCAUCCCAGUGGGUCCCAUUGUGCCGGCCCCGCAGUCCGACUACCUUCACGUGGAGCCGGUACGGACGCGCAAGAAGAGUGGUUCCCCGGACAUCGUAAAGGACGACCUGGCAGUCCGAGCCCUGCGCAAGGACACGCCGGGCCACAAGGCCAGCAUCGUAUACCCCAUGCAGAAAAAGCAGCGGGCCACCAGGACCCAGUCGGCCAACAUAUACAACCUGAUCCACAGAGACGCGGCGAAGCCCUCGGGAGGAGACCUCAGCAGCUACAUGGAGCUGUCGCGAAGCCUCGAGAGAUCCGGCAGCAUGUCCAACCUGCAGGGAGAGGCGGCCGGUGAGCCCAAUGAUGUACCGGCCACUCUGGACCUCCUGCGCAAGCUGAAGGCCCAGGACGAAGAGCUGGACUUGGCCAGGAAGCACCACCCAAUACCCUUUAGACAUCCAAGCCAGGGCGGAGCUAUCGCCCAGCUCCCGGAGCGGCUCACCAAGGAAGAGGCCUCCAAGGUGGCCCCUGUGCCGGCGCCCAGGAAGAACGUCACUCCGGAACCCAUGCUGGACGACGCCCUGACCAAGAUUGCCCAUGAUGCCCAGGCCAGCAGCAUCAAGCUCAGCCAGGAGCUCAGUGAGCUGCGCAAGGAGGCUUUGAUAACGGCGGCCAGGCCCAAGCUGAAUCCCGAGCAGCAGCGACUGGAGGAGGAGCUCCAGGAGAUAGAGGCCGUGUCCGAGGCGGCCAAGCGAUGCGGUCAGAUGCUGUUAGAGACCCUGCCCGACGCCGACCCGGAGGAUCGGGAGGCGGAGCAGCCGCCCCAGCGGAAGCUGCACAAGGAGGGCAAGCUCAUCCGGGCCAUCGACGAGGUGUCCGAAGCAGCCAACGCCGUUUGCGAGAAGAUCCUCAAGGAUAUAGUGACCACCGAGCCACCGGUGGUGGUGCACGAGGCACUGCAGGUGAAGCAAACAACCAAGACCGGAGCCGGCGGGGAGCAGCUGGUAAUGCCGCAUCUUAUCAAGAAACUGGACCCCAUACAGUCGGAUAAGAUCGAGCACAUUGCCCGGCGCUGCAUGCGGCAGUUGAGCGAGCUGGCCGCCAACCCAGACUACGACAACUUGUCCAACUGUAAUAUGAGCAACAGCAUCCACGCCAAUGCAGCGGGUGACGCCACUCUCGUUUGUCCCGUUCCAGAGCCCCGGGCCGCGAACCAGACGCUCGAGGAGAUCGACAAGAUAAUGCAGGAGUGCGAGCGUCAGGCCAAGGUUAGCAGUGCGGGAUCCGGUUCCGGAUCGGGAUCGGGAUCUGCCUCUCACCCCAGUACGGACGACCAGCGAACCACCGCUCCCAGCAUGACCAGCGGCAGUGGCUGCGGGAGCUUCCCACCCAAUGUGAGCACCACCGCCAGCUCGUUCAGCUCGAGCAGCGAUUGCCUGGCGAAGUCGUCGAGUCCCUCGCGCGCCAGCCGCCCGCUCUCCUCGAGCAUCACCUCCUUCAAUCCGUACUCCUCGAGCGACUACAUCAAGUCACAGAGCAGCGACUGCCAUGCACCCAGCACAGAUCCGAUCAAGACCUUCAGCACCACCUCGUACGAGGUGCAGUCCACACCGCAGAGCACCACAAUCAGCACCAACUCCAUGAGCACCAGCCUGAAUCCGAACCAGAGCAGUACGAUCAGUAGCACCACUAAUCUCGGUCAGGAAUCAAAUUGCACGGGGGUCACAUCUGCCACCACCUCGGGCUCACCACCACCGCUGCAGCUAACACCGGUGGGCGAGCGGAGGGGCAGGAGCCGGCACGAUAGGGGUGCCUCCUGCUCCUCUGCCACCUCAUCGCCGUCGCAGUACAACUCCAGUGAGGAGCUGGCCGCCAUCUUUGGCAUCGAGGAGCACCCGAAGCAGCCGCGUCACAGGCUACCGUCGAAUCCCACAGAAACCAUCGCGGCCUCUAGUGACUUGUCCACAGCACCUGCCACUGCCAAAUCCAGCUGCCAGCCGAGUCAGCUGAAGAAACAGAAACAAGAACUACCACAACCGGAACAGCAACAGAGCCACUCGGAGGAUUCCGGUUCGCAGAAGCCAUCCUACCGAGGCCAGCAUCCCCACUUCCACCACCACACGACCCCCGCCUACUACACGGAUCUUCAGCUGAGGAUCCACACGCCGAAUGCUUCGGACGUGGGGGCUCUGAACGAGAACUACCGGAGUGUCUACAGUACGCCCAGCACCCAGCUGGUGGAGGAGCGCUCCUUUCCCAAAAGUUCCAAGGCCACAGUCGCCCCGCCGCCCAUCAAUAGCAGUCCCCCGGCCCCUACACAGGCUCGUGGCGCAUUUUUUCGUGGCGACUCUGCGUGCAGCGACAGUCAUACGAGACGCCGGGGCCUCUAUCCGCGGACCGGCAGCGAGGGACGCUGCUUCAGAUUCUCGCAGGCAUCUGUGAGCCCUACCAAAGGUGAAGUAGUCAGCACCACAAUCACCGGCAGUAACACUCCCCUUGCAUCCACCACCACCACCACCACAAGCAUCAACAGUAGUUGUGACCCCGUAGAACCGGCUAGUCCUCCUCCAGUAGUUAGCAAUCCUCCCAGUGGAUCUGGAAGGAACAGUCGACACAAGCAGCGCUUCCACAGCCGAUCCCGGCGAGCCGUGCGGGUGCGCAGUGAGUCUCGUCCGAUCAGUGCCCUGUACGACAUAAUAUGCAAGGAGAGGAACCUGGACGUGGGAGCCAGCAACAGCAGCAGCAGCAGCAGCAACGAGCAGGAUCCAGCAGACCUGAACCAUCAGAGCCCGCCGAAGCAGCCCCCUAACUCCACAACCGACAAGCUGGCGACCUUUUGGCCUCUGCACCAUCACUACCUCAAUCCUCCCCCGAUGAGCAGCAGCAACCUGGCCAGCAGCGGCAGUCCCACUUCCAACACCAAGCAGCCCAGCCAGAAGCCCAUCCAGAAGCCUAGCCACGAUGGGAAUGCCAGGAGCGGAAGCAGCAGCUGCGAAGAGGGCUCCGCCCACGCCCUACACUCUAGUCGCAAGGUCACCAACCUGAGCGCCAAGGCCAAGUCGCUGCCACCCUCGGAGCUUGCCUCGGGGGUGGUGUGCAUAGCAGCAAGCUCAUCCGAACAAGUGGGCGACAGGAACCCCAACCCGGCCCCACGCCUGGCCAAGAGCCUGGAGCCCUCGUCUGUGCGCACUGCCCCGCCUGCCUCCCAGGAUGUCCUAAACUUCGACGCGGGUGCCCCAGUGAACACGGAGAGGUUGUUCGUGGAGCCACCCAACGUCCCCAUGGCCGCCCUGCGACGGACCCUCUACGACGACCACUACGAGAUUGAGGAGAACGACAGCACCACCGAUCUGUGCGCCCUAGGAGCGCAGCUGACGAACGGUGGAGCAGCGAAUGGCCUCCAGCACUCUGAUCCCGAACAUGAGCAUGACCAUCAUCCACCUCAUGAAUCAUUAGAGCCAGUAGAGCCAGUCGAACCUCUGCCCCAGUCUCAUCAUCAUCAGGCCACGAACGCGCGCAGAUUCAUAACGCGCACCACCCGCUCCGCCAGUCGCCAGGGCUCCGCCGGCCACUCCCCGCCGCCACCGCUGUCGCGUUCCGCCGGCUACCGUAGCGACUCCUCCUACAGCUCCGCCUCGCCCUCGCACUCGCCCACCCGGAGGCGCAACAGGCUGGUCGCCACCGCCAGUGGAGAUCCCCCCUCGUCGGCGAACGGCAACAGCUCUGCCUAUGAGACGGCCGCCACAACUGUGAUGACCCACGGCCCAGCCACACCUCCGCCCCCAGCCCACCACCAGAGACCUGCCCCACCAGCCGAAGUUCCUAGGGCUCCUCUGGCCGCCGAGCUCCAGCCAGAAGCCGUGGUACCCGCCGAUAUCUCAGCCACCACCAGCAGCAGCAUUAGCAGCAGUCUCCGAAGAAAAGCAGACAUCGUAUCUGCCGCUAAAUGCAGUAUUAGUUGCACCUUCAACCUCAACAACAACUGCAACAGCAACAGCCACAGCCAGCGCCACUGCAACAACAACACUAACCAGCAGACAAAGCCAAGCCACGCCACGCCCAUGCCGCCCCUAGCCAACGCCAACAAAGCGCCACUAAUUGUGCUUAAAGCAGCCACACCAACCACAGCCGCAUCACCAUCCACUGGCGGUGCAGCAGCCACGUCCACCGCCAGCUCGCCGGCCAAGCGCCGCACGAAUCCCCUGUCGCCGCUGCGUCUGGGCGGCCAGUCCGCCAUUGCGCCUCCGCAGGCCUCUGCCAGUCCGCUCCUGAGCGGCGGCAGCUGCUCCUCCUCGAACUCCGCCACUUCCAACUCAAUCGCGACCUCCACCUCGCCCCAGUCCUCGCCAGCGGUGCGCACCACCAAGGCGAGUCGACUGCGCGCGGCCGCUCUCGAUAAAAAGAAGGAAGAGGAGCAGCGCCAGCGCGUCAGUUCCCCAGCAUCUCCGAGGACAGUUGGUAACGGAGGUGCACCCUCCUCGCUGGCCCAGCGACGACUAAGCAACUCGGAACUGUCCCCCAAGUCGGCGGGAGCCAGUGGCUUUAACUCGGAGCCCGUCUCUGCAGGCACUUCAUCUCGGAUCCCGGCCAGGUCCACAUCCCAACCGGUGGACACGCCGCCCAUCCAGCGCCGCCAGCCUCUGGUGGCUGUGGGCUCCGGCCUCUCCAUGAAGCAGAGCCUCAGCGAGCUGCACUUUACGGGCGGAGCGAUGAGCCCGCCCAAGGUUACAGCGGAGUAUUCCCUAAGAAUGCGCCCACGUAGCUCCACCCUGAGCACGGAGAACACGGAGAACGGGACGCGUGAUCAGGAUCGGGAUCAGCUGGCCAACCUGCAACUGAGUCCCGUGCAGAAGAACAAGAGAACGCCCGAGGUAUCACCGCGACGUAUGGGAGAUCGGGACAAGUCGGCCAAACGCAAGUCGAACCUGAACCGUUCAUUGACCGACGAAGCCACCAAGGAUGGCGGUGAAGCUGCCAGUGCCAACCGAAGACGCCGCCGGCGCGAGCUUGGACUGUCUCGUCCUUUGGUCCCCGGCGACGAUGAAGCCCUUAGAGAGUUGCUACAUUCGCCCAUAAAGAGUUCCUGCAGCGAGUCCACUACGUCCGCAUCCGCCAGCAAGUCAGAGCCUCAUCGCCCAGUCGUCCAGGUUGUUCGCCAUCCGGAGGUUCCAGUUCGGACCAUGACAGCGGUGCUGCCCGCUCCACGACCCAUACACGCUCCUCUGGGACGAGCAGUCAGCCAGAAGUUUAACGAGCGGACCCGAACCGAUCUGGCGGAGAUCAAGAAGAUUGCCGAGCAAUCCGAUACCUUGCCGCAACCACAGCAGCCUCUGGAGGAGUCCGCCGUCCAAAAGAUGUCUGCAAUCCUGCGAAGAAAGAGCACGGACGAUACGGGAGCUCCACAGCAGAGCUCGCCCCCGGCUCCUAACCAGAUUGUCUCUAUACUGAAGAAAAAGGAGCACGGCCUGGGCGAAUGCAACUCGAGUGCCUCGAGCAAUCCCUCGCCGGUGACCUUCUCCUCGAGCGUGGUGGAUCCUCCUCUGGCAGGAGCUGCUGCCAGGAGCAAGAGGCAGGGAAUACUCAAGAAGAGGUCCAGCCUGGACGAGUCCCGCUACUAUUCGCGCUCCCACUCUCCCGACGAGCGGAGUAUCCUGAUCAAGUCAGCACGUAGGAAUUCGCUGGAGGAGUCUUCGGGGGCAGGACUGAGCACAGCCCAGGCGCACGGCAUCCUGAAGCAGAGCAGCUACGACAGCAGCAAGAGUGACGGAUGCCCCUCGGCCACGGAGAGCCAGCCGCACAGCAUCCUCAAGAAGAAGGACUCCCUGUCGACGCCCUCCGAUGGCGGAUGCCACAAGCACGUGUCCAUCUCCCAAGCGGUUAUCUUGGCUGCGGCCGAGCUGGCUGCCCAUGAUGGCAUGGCCGUGGAGGACACUGGCGAGGAACACGAGAUCCGACCCAUUCUGAAGCAGGAGAGCACUUCCAGCGAGGAGGCCGUGCGACCGCCAAAGCCCAUUCUCAAGAAGAAGUCCUUCGGGGAGGCAGACGAGCACGAGAUCCGACCUAUCCUGAAGAGCUCGCGCAAGAGCAGCCGCGAGGAGUUCGAUCUGAACAUGGAGCACGAGGUGGGCGACUCCCUCUCCUCGAUCCUCAAGACGGACUCGCCCUCGAAGCGUCGUUCGCUCGGAUCCGCCUCGCACGACCUGGAUGAAUCCAAUUCGACUCCCGGGGUUCUCAAGCGACGCACACGCUCCCUGGAACGGCAGGACGUGGCGCCAGUGAUGGAUCUGGCGGCUGCCCUCGAUGCCAUUUCCACCUCUCAGGCGACGCCCAGCACCCCCGUGGACUUUGUGGCUACGCCCUCUGGAAUUUCAGUCGCGGAGCGCAUCAAGCGCAUGGAGAUGCUCUCCACGCCCACAUCCCGCUCAGCCGGAGGCGCCAACAGCAGCUGGGAGUCGCCGUUGCAGUCCACGCCGGAGCAGGGCUCCUCCGGCACGCCCAGACUCCUCAAGCCAAGUGUCCUGCGCAGGGAUAUGCAGAGGGACCGCUACAAGACCCAACCAGUGACCAACGAAGAAAAGAGCUUCUUUAAAGCCAACUCCGCACCCUUCGACAUCUCGGCCACGUCCGCCUUCAAGCCCACGAAGCCGCUGGACAUCCGUCUCAACCAAGCCACGCAUCCAGCACUGAUAUCUCCGAUCACUGGCCAGCCGCUUAGUCACGUGCCAGCCCCCCUGCUGCUCUCCUCGUCCACCAACUCCGGAUCCGGAACCUCAUUCCGGUUGGUACGCAGCGCCACCCAACCCCUGCAGUCGCCGCGCGUCUCCCACCUAGCCGGUCAGGGAGCCGGCCCAGGGAGCUAUUCCUCGCUGGUCAACGACAGCAGCGCCAAUCUCAGCGAGCAGCUCACCCUGUCAGUGGGCAACGAUACCGAGCACAUCUUUGACAUGUCCGGCCUGGAGGAGGACUCGGCCAUCCAGUCGCUCGGCGACGAGAACGCAUCCGCAUCAGCCACCACUGGCUCAACCGCUACAGGAACCCCAACGACGUCCAGCGGACUGACGAGGAGCAACAGUGUCCGGGCCAGGGCUAACAUGUUCCAGCAGUUGCAGGAGCAGACCCGCACCCAGCGGGCUACGGGAUCGUCCCGGCACUCCCCGCCAGCAGUAUCCGCCGCUCCAAACCCAGCAGACAGUUCCCCGCCAACUGAGGAGCCAUCAACGCCAAAUACUUCAGCGGACGCGGAAUUCGGUGAGUGGACUUCCGAGCCCCUCAAGAGCAUCCUAAAGGCGGGAAAGCCCAUCCUCGGCAUGGGUCGCGGCCUUAUGCCCGUGGACCUGAACGCCGAGUUGAAGAACCGGCUCAAGCGCUCCACCCACGCCACUGUCUCCAACCUGCGCAAGUCGGCCACCACAGCGGACGCAACGCGGCCCGCCGGUGACGAGGUGGACAACCCCCAGCGAAACCUGGCACACAUCCUGCGCAACGUGGCCAAGGAGAACGCCACUCCGAAGCACGACGACGCGGUGAGCCUGGUGAGGAACCUGGCCACCCUGGGUCAGCCUCGAGUUGCGGCCAGCGAGGAGGCGGCCGGAAACUGCGCCUCCGCGUCAGAGGGCGAGAGCUCCGGCGGCCGGGAGAUCGAAGCCAUCAUCAAGAACAGCGCAGUGGCGAGAAGGCGCCGCCAACAGCAGCAGCAACAGCAGCAGGCUGAUGGCAACACCGUUGCGAAAAGCAAAAGUCACUCGGCCAUAUCAUCCGGCAUCGGCCUUGGUCCCCAGCUGCCCCCCAUUGGAGCCAGUGGAUUUGUGAAGUUGCGUCAUGUAGCCAAGGAGGCUGACAACACCACCACCAGUAGCAGUAGCAGCACAUCAUCAGCCAAGAAUACGCCAGAGAAGUCCAAGGAUCAGGAUCCCGCAGACGCUUCUCAAUCCUUGCAAGAAGCCCAACAUUCAUCAGAAGAGACUGAGGUCAUGGGCCCGGAUCAGCGUUCGAUCGCCAAGACCGGCUCGAUCGCGGAGCGCUUGGCGGCCCUGCAGAAGAGCGGCGAGGAUGACUGGAAGAAGCGAAUCUCGAAGCGCGACGAGGUCGACGAUGUGCGCCGCGAAAACUUUGUAAACGAAUCGCUCUCUUUGGCCCACUCGCUGUCGGACAAGCCGCUGCCCCCAUCCCCGCUUAUACCCACUAGCCUGGAGGGCGGCAAGGUAUCCGACCGCCUCAGCCAACUCAAGUGCAACUCUGAAAACUGGAAGCAGCGGAUAGAACAAACCGAUGCCAAGAAGUUCACAGUCGCUGGCCGGCUGCAGAAGAAGGCCCAGUCCCCCGUAGAGCUCCAGUUCGAGCGCUCGCCCAACGAUGUGGCCAAGAAGUGCCCCAUGCUGGAGGUGCGCAGCGCCAACCAGCCGCAGCUGGGCCUGGCCAAGAGCCCCUCCAUGAUGGUCACCACGGGCAGUGCUAGCACCAAAAGCACGCUGCGCAGCUUGAGUGUCAACCCGGAGGAGGAGGUGCCCAGCCUGAGCCGCUCCAACAGCAGCAGCUCGGACUCGGAUGGGGAGCGAAGUGCUCCACAAACCGCCAAGCACAACAAGGAGCUGGCCAACAACAAGAGCGCCGCGGCACCCACCAAUGUGGGGGCCAGGAUUCUGGUUCCUCGUCUGGACGACAAGGAGACCUUUGAGAACUUCUUUGCCUCGGCGCCCAAGAAGGAGGAGACCGUGCAGCUUGAGAUCAGUUCCUUCGACGACAUCAAGCCCACGGAGCGCUUGGUGAGCAAGCGAAACGUGCAGGGACCCAAGGGACGCCGAGCUGCUCGCAAUCCCCUCAAGAGUUUGGCCGCCCGCGAGGACAUCAGCUCAGAAUACACGGAAGUAAAGUCCGGAAUAGCCGAGCGUGAACUCAGACGCCUUAAGCUGGAGUCAUAUGGCCAAAACGCAAACCUGGCCGCGGAGGCUAUCGCAGGCCUGGCCUCCAUUGAGGAUUUCAAGUCGGUGGCCCUGCGCUCCUCGUCCAUCCCCCUGCAACAGAUGUGGCUGCCCCACAAGCCGGUCAUGCUGCUCCACAUUAAGGGACGCACUCAUGUCCAGACCCGUCUGGUGGAGCCCGUUCACACUUCCCUCAACCGAGGAGAUUGCUUCAUCCUAGUCGCUGGCCCCCAGCUUUUCCGCUACGUUGGCUCCUUCGCCAACGUGAUUGAGAUUUCGCGCAGUAAGAAGAUUUGCGCUGCCAUUGUGGAGAACAAGGAUCUGGGCUGCACUGCCUCUCAGGAGGUAAUCCUCACCGAUGGGAAGUACGUGAACGAGAGGCAGUGGCGCCAGUUCUGGCAACUCCUGGGGAAGAAGGAGGACGACAAGUCGGAAAUUGCCGACUGCGGACAUGCCGACGAGGACGACGUGUUCGAGAGCAGCCUGAUCGAGACGAACAAGAUCUACGAGUUCCAAGAUGAUGGCUUGAUUCCACUGGACAAGUUCUGGGGAUGCAUUCCCAAGGUGGACAUGCUGGACACUCGCAAGGUGCUCAUCUUUGACUUUGGCAGCGAGCUGUACGUUUGGAACGGCAAGAACGCCCCCUCGGACGCCAAGAGGGCGGCCAUGCGACUGGCGCAGGAACACUUUGGUGCCGAAAACUCCGCGGACUACGCCCAGUGCUACCUCAAUCCACUGAACUAUGCCUGCAUUGUGGGUCGUCGUGAGAACACCAAGUAUGCCAAGAGAACUGCCAAGCGUCCGGAAUGGUGCAUUCUCGGGAAGAUCACCCAGAACAUGGAAACGGUGCUAUUUAAGGAGAAGUUCAGCGACUGGCCGGAGCUGGAGCGCGAGGACUUGGAAAAAGAUUACCUCGCCAAUGGAAUCCACGAAGUGCGUGCCCUUAACGGAGCUGCUCUGUUCAAGGGAGAACCCUACCAAGAACCAAAUCUGGUCCUGGAACAGGCCAACCUGGGUCGCGGCAAUUUCUACUAUGAUACGGAUACCAUGCGGCACUUUGAUGUAAUCACAAAGUCCACAGACAAGUGGCAGAUCCACGAGUUCAACUUCGAUUCGGAAAAUGCUCGCGAGGAUUACGGGCAUUUUUACUCAGCUGAGAGCUACAUAGUGCGCUGGAUUUACCAGAUUUCGGUGACAGUGCGGGAACUGAGUGGAAAGGUCUCGAACCGAAGCACGGUGGGACGUGACCGCUGUGUCUACUUCACCUGGCAGGGCCGGCAGUCCAGUGCCAACGAAAAGGGAGCUGCAGCUCUUCUGACCGUGGAGCUGGAUAAGGAAAAGGGAGCUCAGAUGCGGGUGUCUCAGGGAGACGAGUGCACCGCCUUCGUGCGCUUGUUCCGCCAACUUUGGCAGCAUCGAGGACGCAAGGAGGAUUGCCUGGAAAGGCGUAGCCAGUGGCGACUGUAUCAGCUGCAGGGCAACGUUAAAGAGGAAACUCUCCUCAAAGAAGUCGACUGCCAGGCGAGUCAGUUGCGCUCCCGGAACUCCAUGCUUCUAAUUCAUGGAAGUCAGGGAAGUGUAAUCGUCUGGCAUGGAUCUAAGAGUGCUGCCCACACCCGAUCUCUGGCCUUGGAAGCGUCCAAGGAACUCGUCACCGAAAAGCCCAAGGACCUCUUCAGCUGCGAAGGUGUCAACGUUUCAGAGAUGGAGGAGGGCUCCGAAACAGAGGAGUGUCGUAAGGCCGUAGGAUUAAGCGAUCAGCGCAAGGAGUACGACAGUCUUAUCGAGUCCUCCAAGGCCUACAACUACCAGCUAAGGAUCUUCAAUUUCUCCAGUACGCAGGGCGUAUUCAAAGCUAUGGAAUUGAUUGAUCCAUUACGUUGCCAAGAACUACAGAGUCCGUAUCCCUUCAGCCAAGAGCAACUGUACAAUGCCAGGCAACCGACCAGCUUCCUUUUGGACGAUGGCGACGUGCUAUGGCUUUGGAUGGGCUGGUGGCCCUUGGAGGAUGUGAAAAUAAAUACAGAUGAACGUAGCAGUCCCACGAACGACAACCGGGCUGGGGUGAAUCGCUGGAUCUCAGAGCGACGUGCUGCCCUAGAAACAGCCGUCGACUAUUGGCGUGCCAAGCACGGCGAAAACGACAAAGAACCCUUCCAUGGCAUCCGAGGACAGGUGGUGUGGGCCGGUCUAGAACCGGUGGCCUUCAAGGCUCUCUUCCCCGAGUGGACAGAUCGAUCAGAUGUGCGCGACAUCAAUGAAGAGGAUGGUCGAACAAAUAUCCCCGUAACCAUUAGCGAAAUGCUAGCACAAAUGACCCAGACCGAAUACCCGCUGGAGGUGCUCAAGGCACGUCCCUUGCCCGAGGGCGUGGAACCCACUCGUCUGGAGGUCUACCUGAACAGUGAUGACUUCAAGUUGGCACUGGGCUGCAGCCGGGCGGAGUUCGAGCAGCUGCCCAUCUGGAAGCAAACGAAACUGAAGAAGGAGCGAGGGCUGUUCUAGGAGAGAGGAGCACAAUGCAACCUUAUAGACUUGAACACUAUAUCACAAAAAACAAUCACUCAAAGAAAAUUUUCUUAGCAAUGCUUUUGCAAUCGGCACAAACAGACCCUAUAACAUACUCUACAUAUUAGGCCUUUUUAGUAUACCAAGUAUCAUAUAUACACGUGCGCAUAUCCCUAUGUACUUUCUAUUUUACAAGUACAUACAACUUUAUAUAAACAUAUAUAUAUACAAAUGUAGGCAGGCGGCACUUUAAAAUUAUUUUACAAAGUGCAAAGGCCAGGCAAUAAAUAUGCUAACCGCUUCA